AUGCCCAUGAGGCCAUGGCUGCCUGGAGACCAGUGCCCUAGCAACAAAAGGCACGGUUGCCUAGAGACCAAUACCCAUGGUAAUAGAGGCCAUGGCUGCCUGGAGACCAGUGCCCAUGGUGAGAGAAGCCAUGGUUGCCUGGAGACCGGUGCCCUAGCAACAAGAGGCCAUGGCUGCCUGGAGACCAGUGCCCAUGCAACAAGAGGCCAUGGCUGCCUGGAGACCAGUGCCCUAGCAACAAGAGGCCAUGGCUGCCUGGAGACCAGUGCCCAUGGUGAGAGAAGCCAUGGCUGCCUGGAGACCAGUGCCCUAGCAACAAGAGGCCAUGGCUGCCUGGAGACCGGUGCCCUAGCAACAAGAGGCCAUGGCUGCCUGGAGACCAGUGCCCUAGCAACAAGAGGCCAUGGCUGCCUGGAGACCGGUGCCCUAGCAACAAGAGGCCAUGGCUGCCUGGAGACCAGUGCCCUAGCAACAAGAGGCCAUGGCUGCCUGGAGACCGGUGCCCUAGCAACAAGAGGCCAUGGCUGCCUGGAGACCAGUGCCCUAGCAACAAGAGGCCAUGGCUGCCUGGAGACCGGUGCCCUAGCAACAAGAGGCCACGGUUGCCUGGAGACCAGUGCCCAUGGUGACAACAGGAGUGCCUCCAAGGCACCGGUUGCUCGGUCACCCACAAGGGGAGGCCCCGACGAUGGAAGCAGGGCUACCUCCCAAACUUGCCCGCCCAGAGAACCCCCCGCCCCCGAGGUCCCCUCCUCGAGCGUCCCGCGGGUUUGCCGGAUCCUGUGUGGGGAGGGGGAUUGUGGCAACCCCCCACCCACCACCCCCCAACCACCCCCAUCGGUUCCGCGUGUCGUGAUUGGUCCGCGCGUUUGGCACGGAGCUCGCAGGAGCUGGGAACCCGGGAAGAGGGGGCGGGGGGAGUCCGGAAUGGCGCCCAACUCCCCCGCCAACGGCUCCACCCCCACCCCCCUGCAAACCCCCACCGUACCCCCCUUAUUGGGUGGGGCAAGGAGGAGAAAUAGAGGCGGCGAGGAACUCCCUCCGUCCACGUCCGCUCCACCUCCCACACCCAUCCCAAACCUCCCAGUCCGGUUGACUCCGGGCAGGAUCAAUAGAUUUGGGGGUCCCAUCCCUCCAUUGGGGACAGGGCGCCGGUUCCCAGCUGCUGAGAAGCCCCCGUAUCGCGGUGAUGUAACCGUACCUACACCGUCUUAUAUCGUGGCGUCUUUGAACCCUGUUGGAGUGGUAACUUUGCACUAACUCGUCCCCUCUUGAACCCUGCACUGUUGUCUGGAACUGGAGCGCCCGUCGGUCAGGGACUGGCCUCCCUGCCGCAACCUCUGCCCCGCGCCCCCCUCUGUGGCCCGCCGACUCCUGCUCCACACCCCGACGUCUCCUCGAGUCCCCUCCGUCCUGUGCAUCUCCCGUCACCGCCCUCCCGAAGCCCAAGAGGUCCCGACCAAUAUCUACCCCCCAACACCCGAUGGCCCUCCUUCCCAACAUUGUGCCAGCCCACCGUCCAACAUGGACCAGCGGGGCCGGUCUCGGGGAUAGGAUCCUGGUCCAUCCCAACAGAGGCCAGGCUAGGGAAAUGGAACCCAACCCGGUCUGGCCCAGUCCAACCCGGUCUGACCCAGUCCAGUCCAACCCAACACACUGGCCCAGUCCAACCCAACCCAACUCAGUCUGACCCAGUCCAAACCAACCCAACUCAGUCUGACCCAGUCCAAACCAACCCAACUCAGUCUGACCCAGUCCAAACCAACCCAACUCAGUCUGACCCAGUCCAACCCAACCCAACUCAGUCCAACCCAACACAGUCUGGCCUGGUCCAACCCAACCCAACUCAACUCAGUCUGACCCAGUCCAACCCAACACGGUCUGGCCUGGUCCAACCCAACACGGUCUGGCCCGGUCCAACCCAACCCAACACAGUCUGACCCAGUCCAACCCAACCCAACUCAGUCUGACCCAGUCCAACCCAACCCAACUCAGUCUGACCCGGUCCAACCCAACCCAACACAGUCUGGCCUGGUCCAACCCAACCCAACCCAACUCAACUCAGUCUGACCCAGUCCAACCCAACACAGUCUGGCCUGGUCAAACCCAACCCAACUCAGUCUGACCCAGUCCAAACCAACCCAACCCAACCCAGUCCAACAGAAUCCAACCCAACCCCAAUGAACCCAGUCCAAGGUAACAUAUCCCAACAGAUUCCAGUACAAGGUGACAGAACACAUCUCAACAGAAUUGAGUCCAAUAUUCCCCAACCCAGCAGAACCCAGUCCAAUAUAACCCAUCCGGCAGAACCCAGUCCAGUAUUCCCCAACCCAGCAGAACCCAGUCCAAUAUAACCCAACCCAGCAGAACCCAGUCCAAUAUAACCCAACCUAGCAGAACCUGGUCCAAUGUAACCCAACCCAGCAGAACCUGGUCCAAUGUAACCCAACCAAGCAGAACCCAGUCCAAUAUAACCCAACCUAGCAGAACCCGGUCCAAUGUAACCCAACCCAGCAGAACCUGGUCCAAUAUAACCCAACCAAGCAGAACCCAGUCCAAUAUAACCCAACCCAGCAGAACCCAGUCCAAUGUAACCCAACCCAGCAGAACCCAGUCCAAUGUAACCCAUCCCAGCAGAACCCAGUCCAAUACAACCCAAACCAGCAGAACACAGUCCAAAGGAAUAAAACCCAGCCCCACCCAGCUGAGUCCAAUCCAAGAUGAUGGACCCACCCCCCACCCCACUCAUCCCAACAGAACGCACUCACCCCAACAAAACUCCGACCCAUCCCACAACCCGGCUUGACGGAACCCUCACUCCUCUUCCCAAACCACCCCCCCCCCACCCGGUGAUUAACCUCGUCAGUCGACCUCAACCCUCACCCCCCCCCCCGCCACCCCCACACACCGCCGCACCCCGUGAAUCCUCACCCUCCCCCUCUUGCCGGCACCCCCCUGGGCUCUGUAGCCAGGUCCAAGCCACCCUGAAGGGUGUGGGGUUGGUGGUGAGGGAGGGAGGGAAGGGGAAGAUGUUUAGGUGGAUGGGGGAGGGGGUUAACCCGUCCCAUACCUCCCCCCCCCCCAACAAGCGGCCCACCUGUCGGUGUCCAGGAAGACCCAGGCACUCCAGUUCCAGCUCCUUGACUGUAAAUAUUAGUAGCGGCGCUUGUCAACCUGUGAGCUCGGCUCUGUGUCUGUCCGUGUACUGUGGCUGUUCCCUGCACCAUGCGUGGAUAUUGUACUGCCCCUCCCCGAACCGUCCCAAACCCCCAACAGAUGCGGGCGUCCCGACACCCACUGAGAAGAAAGCCCCCGACGACCCUCAGUGUGGGCAAAUAAGGCACACAGAGAUGCAACGGAUUUAAUCCGACGAGGGGUGCUUCCUUCCCCGCGCCCCCUUCUCAACCAUUUCCCCUCCCUCCCACCACAAAUCGACCUGGCCCACUCGAAGGCAGUCGAGGGGACAGAUGGGCCUCACCUCGGGCAGCCCGGAUUCUCGCCGGCGGGAGACCCGAGAGUCCGUUCGCGGUCCGUUCUCCCGAUUGGGACUGCGGCAGCUUCUACCGACAACGGCGGGGAAAUCUGGGACUGCGGCAGCUUCUACCGACAACGGCGGGGAAAUUUCCCGCAGCGUCGGAAGAGGAAAUAAAAAGGGUCCGGGUGUGUCCGAACGAUGCACCGAAAUGGGGUGGGGAGUGGGUUGGGUGGGACGUGGUUGGGUGGGGUUGACAAUAAGUUCCCACAAUAGCGUCACCCCAGCACUCUGCCGCCCCCCCCCACCCCAUCCCCUUUGCCAACUGCAGACAAGAGUCCGCAGUUACGAUGGGAGGCAGCUCCCUCUGUGUUUGGAUCAUCCUGUGUGCCGUUAGUGGUGUGGGACGGCCGUGACGAUUCUCAGAGAGAAGUGUUGGGGGAGGGAAGGGGAGGGGGAGAUCUGUGUACAAACCAAAAUAAUUAUUCCAAUCGUGAACCUCCUGUCGAACUUCUUGCAACCCCUGUUCAAACAGUACUGUAAACGUGUGUGUUGUUACCUAAAGCCGAUUUAAUGUUUGUGUACAGAACAAAGUCAGUAAUAGUUAUCUUAUAUGGAGCUCUAUUAAAGUUGGUAAAAGUCUGCGCAACAUGUAACCGUUCAAA